CGGGCCGCCUGGGCCCCGCCCCCAGAGGUCGGCUGGCUCCUGGGGCCGCGCUGAGGUGCCUUCGCCGCGUCUAGUUGCCGUUGCCCUUGCCGCCGCCGCCGCCUGUGCACCAUGGCUUUCGUAACCAGGCAGUUCGUCCGUGCCGUGUCCUCUUCGUCUACCGCCUCGGCCUCGGCGAAGAAAAUCGUUAUCAAGCACGUGACGGUCAUCGGCGGCGGGCUGAUGGGCGCCGGCAUCGCCCAGGUCGCUGCCGCAACUGGCCACACAGUCGUGUUGGUGGACCAGACAGAGGACAUCCUGACAAAAUCCAAAAAGGGAAUUGAGGAAAGCCUCAGGAAAGUAGCCAAGAAGAAGUUUGCAGAAAACCCCAAGGCUGGCGAGGAAUUUGUGGAGAAAACCCUGAGCAGCGUAUCGAUCAGCACAGACGCGGCAUCUGUAGUCCACAGCACGGACCUGGUGGUGGAGGCCAUCGUGGAGAACCUGAAGGUGAAGAACGAGCUCUUCAAGAGGCUGGACAAGUUUGCCGCUGAACACACAGUCUUUGCCAGCAACACUUCCUCUUUGCAGAUCACGAACAUAGCCAAUGCCACCACCAGACAGGACCGAUUCGCCGGGCUCCAUUUCUUCAACCCAGUGCCCUUGAUGAAGCUCGUGGAGGUCAUUAAAACACCAAUGACCAGCCAGAAGACGUUUGAAUCUCUGAUAGACUUCAGCAAAACCCUUGGAAAGCAUCCUGUUUCUUGCAAGGACACACCUGGGUUUAUUGUAAACCGCCUGCUGGUGCCAUACCUCAUGGAAGCAGUCCGGCUGUACGAACGAGGUGACGCAUCCAAGGAAGACAUCGACGUAGCUAUGAAAUUGGGAGCUGGAUACCCGAUGGGCCCAUUUGAGCUUCUCGAUUACGUUGGGCUGGAUACUACGAAGUUCAUCAUGGACGGGUGGCAUGAACUGGAUGCACAGAAUCCCUUGUUUCAGCCCAGCGCAUCCAUGAAUAAGCUGGUGGCAGAGAAGAAGCUUGGCAAGAAGACUGGGGAAGGAUUUUACAAAUACAAAUGAUGCGUAGCUUCUCUGGCUCUGGGAAGAAACCUGUAAGCUCCUACCAGCAGCUGCCCAAGUGCCCGCAGGAAUGCUCUUGGGUCAGACGUUCCCUCACACAGCACAGUCUGUUCCAUGUGCGUUUUGAUUGUAA